UGUGCUGGGUUCAUAGGAUGGUCACAGGCAGUCUGAUGCCACUCACUCUCUUUCCCACCCAGGGAGGUGGGGGGUCCUACCCUGUGUGGGCCCCCAAGGAGAGGGAGAGUUGUUUGGGACAUGUACUAGGUCCGGAGGUUUAUGGGUGGAGCCUGGCUUUGCAUUCUCUUGCCAGCUCUGGAAGCUGAGGGAGCUUCUGCCCCAUACAAUUCCCCCAGACGGGGGCUGGGAUGCUGGGUCCCAUGUGCCAGGUUGGAGGGGGCAGGAAAGAGGCUCAGGGGAUCAGCCUGGUUCUCUCCACCCUGGCAGCUGACUGGUGUUCUCCAUGCACGUUACUGCUGCUGUUUUGGUGGUGGUGUGAGCCCAGCCGGGGAAUGUUCAGUGAUUUUGACAGCCUGCCAACAUUUUCCUGAAAAACGCAAGGGAGAGAAGGAAAAAAUGGUGAUUUUUAACCUUUCAUGUCUUGACCAAAUCUGAAUAGAAUUUCACAGGAUAAAGAAAAGGAACUUCUCUAUCCUGAAGGGAUUUUCCCUGCCAAAUAUCACAGGCCUCUUGCAGACAGUGGAGGUGAGAGAGCUUCUCAAAGAAAAGAUUACAAGAAUCCUUUUAUAAUGGAAAGUGUUAUAACCUAAAUAUAGGGGUCGCCACCAACUUCAAUAAUAAUAAUAAUAAUUAAUAAUUAAUAAUUAAUAAAUUAAUAAUAACAGUUGUUGUGAUACAUAGAUUCCAAUAAGGACUUGGGGUCCCAUUGUGCUGGGUUUACAUCUGUUUAUUACAAUCCCUCUGAGAUGGCCCAAUGACACAUCUGGCGUGGGAGCCUCUUGUGUAUGAAUGGAAAGAGGAUGUUGUUGGCUCGUUGCAGGAAUGGACUGACCAUAAGUUGUGCUGGAAUCCUGAGGACUAUGGUGGGAUCACGGUGAUCCGGGUUCCGUCAGAGUCGCUGUGGCUGCCGGACAUUGUUUUGUUUGAAAAUGCCGAUGGACGUUUUGAAGGCUCCCUGAUGACCAAAGCCACAGUGAAAUACAAUGGGCUUGUUACCUGGACUCCACCAGCCAGUUAUAAGAGUUCCUGCACUAUGGAUGUGACAUUUUUCCCAUUCGAUAGACAGAAUUGCUCCAUGAAAUUUGGAUCCUGGACCUAUGAUGGCAACAUGGUUGACUUGAUUUUAGUAGAUGAAAAUGUUGAUAGGAAAGACUUCUUUGAUAAUGGAGAGUGGGAAAUCCUAAAUGCCAAAGGCAUGAAAGGCAGCAGAAAGGAUGGGUUGCAUUCCUACCCAUUCAUCACUUACUCCUUCGUUUUAAGACGCCUCCCACUCUUUUACACUCUUUUCCUAAUCGUCCCUUGCCUUGGAUUAUCUUUUCUAACUGUGCUGGUGUUCUAUUUGCCUUCUGAUGAAGGGGAAAAACUUUCAUUAUCUACAUCCGUUUUAGUCUCCCUUACUGUUUUUCUUUUAGUAAUUGAAGAAAUAAUACCAUCUUCUUCCAAAGUCAUUCCUCUGAUUGGCGAGUAUUUAUUGUUUAUUAUGAUUUUUGUAACCCUAUCAAUUAUUGUUACUGUUUUCGUUAUUAACGUGCACCAUCGGUCCUCAGCAACCUACCAUCCAAUGGCUCCCUGGGUUAAAAGACUCUUCCUUCAAAAGCUUCCUAGGCUAUUAUGCAUGAAGGGCCAUGUGGACCGCUAUUCCUUUUCAGAGGCUGGAGGAACUAUCCCAGUGUCAAAAUCAAAGCUCUCAGGCAAAAAGAAACAGAAACAAGUCAACGAUGGAGAAAAAAUUGUGAUUGCUUUUUUGGAAAAAGCUGCUGAUUCUAUUAGAUACAUCUCUGGCCAUGUAAAAAAGGAGCAUUUCAUCAGGCAGGUAGUCCAAGACUGGAAAUUUGUAGCUCAAGUCCUCGAUCGGAUCUUUCUGUGGUUAUUUUUGGUGGUUUCAGUGACAGGUUCUGUUUUAAUAUUUACCCCCGCUUUACAGGCAUGGUUAAGCAGCAGUUUAUAGGAAUAAAUUCAUGUGUUAAUGUGGAGAAUGGCUGAAAGAUACAGUUGCCCCUUGAGACUGAUGGGUCUUUUAGUUUUCAAUGAGUGCAGGUCGACAAAACCAAAUUGAGAUGGAAAUGAAAAAACAUUGCCUUCUGGCUAUAGUAAAUGAUAUUGAUAAUAAUAAUUAUGCUUUCACUUGAAUAGUGCUUUAUAUCUGCAAAUUGCUGUACAACUUGAGGACUCAAUUGUGUAACCCUUAAGUUGCUGGAUAUUUACUUGCCCAUUGAAAUCAAUGAAACUACUUGUGUGUGUAAUUAUUCACUAACGUGAGCAAGGUUUGCACAACUGAGCCCUAAUUAAUUAAUCCUAUAAAGGCUCAUUAUAUUACAAUAUGAUUUCAUGAUUUUUUUUGAAAGGUGACUGUUUCUUUUUGAUCCAAAUAGUCUGUUAACAAAUGGGAUUCUCAUGUAUUAAAUAUGUUACAUUCAAAGAAAAAUUAAAUAGUCUAGUAAUACAGAGGGCACUGACGCGCUAAGGUUUUGUCAGUCCAUCUUGUUAUCUUUAAGUGUAAUAAGCACAGCUAUUUUAUAUACCUAAAUAGGUGUAUCAUAACCAGAUAUUACAAGGUGUGUGUUUGUGCAUUAGAAAAUAUAAACAAGUUACAAGUGGGAUUUUCCAAAGUGCUCUGCUUUAGCAUAACUCUGCUCCCAUUGAAGUCACUGGAAUAGAAAACCCUAGGAUUAGCAGGCUUGUAGGGACAGAAUGUCUUAACUCCCGCUAGAAGAAUUGAGGGCAUACUCCUACUUCCUUCCAGAUUAUUUGCAUACAUUGCUUUCUGUCUCCCCCAUUGGUAAAUGAGGAAAACUGUGAGCCUGUAGUGGCUGGCAGGUAUAAUUUGCAUUUAUGUCAGGAGGCAUUCCCAAAGCUGUGCAAUCUGAAUUUGCUCAUGUUCCAGAUUUACAAACUGAUACAUUUUCUGGGUAAUUUCAGGUACAUGAAAGUAAGGGUUAAGUGUAACAAGACAUGUGGAUUGUCCAGUGGGGAAAAUGGGCCAUUCUCAUCUGAAUCAUAGAAAUGUGGGGCUGUAAGGGACCAUGAGAGGUUAUCUAGUUCAUCCUGCUGCUCUGAGACAGGACCAAGUAAACCAUCACUGACAGGUGUUUGUCUAGCCUGUUCUUAAAAACCUCUAAUUAUGGAGAUUCCACAACCUCCUUU